AUGGCAGAUGACGCGAGAGACGAUCCGGUAGAUAAGAGGCGACAGCGUCGAGGUUUGCUGCCGCCUGAGCUCGUCAACCUCUUGGGGCCGUCUCUGAAGGUCGGCGCCGUGACUGGAACUGCCGGUCUGUUUAGCGGUAUCGCCGCUGGCAUUAUUCGUGACUCGACCCCAGCCUUGUUCGCGAUAGCGUCAGGUGUCCAAUGGUUUGCUUUGGGUUCCACCUACUGGCUGUCGAGAUCAGCGGCGAUUGGUUAUUGGACCCAUGAAGGUCAGCUUUCAAACUCUUCAAAAGUCAAGGCAAGUGCUUUGGCAGGAGGCACUGCAGGAAUGGUCGGCGGUCUCAUCCGUAAGUGCGUUUCAUCUCCCCCGAGUACUACUGCUGAUAAGUUCUAG